UAUCCCUCAGUCUCCGGCCCCGGACAGCUCCGAGCCCCUGUCUGCACCUUGGCGCGUUCAGAUCCUCCUUCGCUUUGGCAAUGGCACUAGGGACAUGUCGCACGGUCCUCAUCACCGGCUGCAGCCGCGGCAUCGGCCUGGGCCUGGUGCGGGGGCUCCUGGUCCGGAGCCCCGCUCCGGAUCUGGUCAUCGCCACCUGCCGCCAUCCAGACCAAGCGCAGGAACUUCAGCAGCUGAAAGAGCAGCAUGAGAAUCUCAGAGUUCUGCAGUUGGACAUCGUGUGUGAAGACAGCAUCAAGAAGGUGGUGCAAGAAGCCGAGGCCCUGGUGGGGGGACAGGGCCUGAACUGCCUCAUCAACAAUGCGGGUAUCAACAGGAUGGCCAGCCUGGGCAGCGUCACGGCCCAGGACAUGCUGACCAUCUAUGAGACCAACACUGUGGCCCAGCUCAUGGUCAGCAAGGCAUUUCUCCCCCUCCUGAGGAAGGCUGCAUGCCAAGAUUCUGUCAUGGGUAUUCACCGGGCCGCUAUCAUCAACGUGUCAUCCCAAAGUGGCUCUAUGCAGCUCCUCUUCCAGAGCAAGAAAUCCGAGGAAGUAUAUCCUUACAGGAUAGCCAAGACAGCUCUCAACAUGAUCACCUGCUGCCUGGCAGCUGACCUGAUGUCAGAUGGGAUCCUCUGCAUCUCACUGGAGCCAGGCUGGGUGAAGACAGACAUGGGGGGGAGCAAGGCUCCCCUGCAAGUAAAGGAGACCAUCCCAGGGAUUCUCAAUGUCUUGGCCAAUCUCAGAGAAAAGGACCAUGGGGCCUUCCUGAACUGGAAAGGAGAGGUGGUCCCCUGGUAGUCCUGGCUGCCCCCACCCUGGGGAGGGGGCCCCAUUACUCCUUUAGCCCCACCUAACCCCUUCCCCACUGAGUCCCACAACUCCAUGGAGCCAUUCACUCCCUAGAACUUUCCAAUCCCUGGCUCCAUCUUUACUUUAGCCCCCCUCACUCACUGACCCCCAGGUCCCAGUGUCCCCCUUGUCCUCAUCAUUCCCUCUAUUCCAUCAACCUCUGGAUUUAGGAUACUUGAGGCAUCCUGAUUAAACAAACAAACAAAAA